AUGCCUUCGAACCGUAAUGAGCCUCCACGCGUGUAUGCGGCAGGCGACUUUAGCUGGAUGGAAGAUGAGCGCUACGGCGGUAAGAAGUCUAUAUGGACGCGUGUGAAGGAAGACCCACUUGUGCCACUGGGCUGCGCACUGACAGCGGGCGUGUUGCUGGGUGGACUGGUGACGUUUCAACGAGGCCAGUCCAAGUUGGGCAACAAGUUUAUGCAGGCGCGUGUGGUGCUGCAGAUGGCUACAGUUCUUGCUUUAGCAGGAGGAGCGGCAAUGGCUUCUGGUGAGAAGAAAGAACAGAAAAAGCAAACAUAUGAAGAUCGAAUGAAGAUGGAGAUUCCAGACGAGGAGUAA